AUGAGUGAGGAGGUCGAGCUGGGGCUGUUGAUAAAUUGCACCCAGGCGACUAUCGUGCGGUUUCCCUGGUCGACCGACUUCAACACGACCGUAAUCGGCGAGCUGAACCGGACGGAGAUUCUGGACGUGCUGGGCGGAAUGAUUGCCCGAAGCCGGGACUACGUGCCAAAGUCGAGCGAACUGCUGACCCUCAGGGAGUUCAUCACGGAAUGCCUCUUCCCAAACACCAAGAGCCCGUACGAGCUGCCCUGGCAGCUGAAGACCGCCUGGGGUGUGGUGUUUGGCGCGAUGCUGCUCGUGGCCAUUACCGGCAACUGCAUCGUGCUGUGGAUCGUGCUCGCCCAUCGGCGAAUGCGCACGGUGACAAACUACUUCCUGUUGAAUUUGAGCGUGGCUGACCUGUUGAUGUCCUCGCUGAACUGCGCCUUCAACUUCAUCUUUAUGCUCAACUCGGACUGGCCGUUUGGGUCGGUAUAUUGCACGAUCAACAACUUCAUGGCAAACAUGUCCGUUGCGUCUUCUGUCUUCACGCUCGUGGCUAUAUCAUUUGAUCGGUACAUUGCGAUAGUACAUCCUUUGCGACAUCGGACGUCACGGAAGAAGGCUCGGAUCUUUCUUUUGAUCAUCUGGGCGUUGAGCUGUGUCCUGGCGGCACCGUGCCUAAUGUAUUCGACUGUGAUGACGAAGCGGUACAACAAUGGCAAAACCCGUACUGUAUGCUACAUGCUAUGGCCUGAUGGACGAUAUCCGACUUCCAUGGCUGAUUACAUCUACAACCUGGUAUUUCUGAUACUCACCUACGGCAUCCCGAUGCUGAUCAUGAUCGUCUGCUACUCGCUGAUGGGCCGGGAGCUCUGGGGCAGUCGUUCGAUUGGCGAACACACCGAGCGCCAGCUGGAGUCGAUGAAAUCAAAAAAGAAGGUUGUGCGAAUGUUCAUUAUUGUGGUGACGAUAUUUGCCAUCUGCUGGCUGCCAUAUCACCUGUUCUUCGUCUACGCAUACCACAACAACCAGAUGACCUCCUCAAGCUACGUGCAGCAGCUCUACCUUGGCUUCUACUGGCUGGCGAUGUCGAACGCGAUGGUUAACCCGAUCAUAUAUUACUGGAUGAACGGCCGUUUUCGAGUGUACUUCCAGGAGAUUAUCUGCUUCUGCUGCCUACAGUUUCUCAACUCGCGGAUGCGCGACGGUGUUCCCCAGGGUGUCCUGCUGAACAAGAACUCUAACUCUGAGUUGGGCCGGUAUCGGUCGUAUCGACCACGGUCCGUCUCGGUUAGAUGGCGCCCACCAAGCACGGAGGAGUAUCGCAUGAGGACAGGUUUGAACAGGCCGGCACAUCUGAGUGUGAACGUGAUAGAGAAUGCAACGAACGGUGGCAGCGAUAAGCAGCCGGUCGCCGACAUUGCCGAGCUGCAGACCAUCAACUUUCUGCACCUGAACCACAAUUCAAACGAACUGAAACACAGUUCUUCGAACAGCCACGAGUUCUCCUGA